AUGUCAAACAUGGCGGCCGACAUGUUUGGAAUCCAGCCCGCAGAGCCGGAGCCUACAGCUGCCAGGACACUGAGUUCAUUGAUGAUGUUGGACGUGCCAGGCCAACCCAAUGUAUGGCUAACCAGCGACAUGGCAGCGGUGACGGUACAGAACUUGGGCUCGAGCGCGCAGGGCAUGGAUUGGACUGCCAUAGCCGGCCAUGUGGGCAUGCCCCACAUGGCGGCACGGUUCGCCCAAGUGGCCAGAAAGACCGUUUGGCGACGUCAUGUCGCCACUCGGCGCCUGGGCCAACAGCUUUGCGCUACUUUAUGCGGAAGCGGUGGUUGCUGCACACCGCCCCUGGGCGGGCAUCUGGCCCUGGCCGUAGUGAACCUCAUCGCACUGGACUUGGACAGCAGUGUGAACACCCACGGGCAGCAGUGA